AUGACUUCAUCUACAGAGGAGAAGAGCAACUCUAAACUUCCAUCCAACCCAUCAUCAUCGUCGCAAGAUGCCGAGGCCGCGCAGCUCUCGAAGAAAGAGGAUGCCUAUCCCGCCGAUGCCUUCUCAUUACCACGCCGGAUUCUGUUCAUCGCGAGUGUAUGCAUGUCCAUGUUCAUCAACCAACUUGGUUUAUGCAACACCCUGACCACGCUGUCCAUAAUCGGAGAUUCCUUUAGAAUCAGCAACCCAGGCACGUUAUCAUGGUUUAUAGCUGGGUACAGCUUGACGAUUGGCACGUUCAUCCUCAUAGGUGGACGCCUUGGCGAUGAGUUUGGCAACAAAAAGAUGUUUAGCAUGGUGGCAGGACUCUCCGUCUACUCUAACCAUAUGCUUUACGUCUUUGCUCGCGUCUUCCAGGGCAUGGGUCCCGCCUUAACGCUGCCCAACGCACUCGGCAUUUUUAGCAAGUCUUUCUCCGAGGGACUUCAAAACAUGGCAUUCGCAUGGUUCGCCGCGUCGGCGCCCUUUAGCGCCAUGGCCUUUAGCCAGGCAAUUGCUAUUGCGUUAGUGGCCGCCUUUGCUGCCUGGACUAUUCCAGGCCUGUCUUUGCAGGAGGAGGAGCGGAACCUAACAAUGUCUCAAAAGCUAGAUCGUCUAGAUCUUUCUAAAGGGGCAACCGGCGUGAUGGCUCUCGUCUUAUUCAACUUUGCGGAGCCCUACGUGUAUAUGUGCCUGAUCCUCAGCUUCAUCUUUAGCGCUUUAUUCUUCUACAUCGAAAUACGCCAAGCACGCCAUCCAAUCUUGCCCAUUUCUGCAUUCACUGUGGACAUAACCUUCAUUUUCGCAUGCACAGCAGCUGGCUGGGCCACGUUUAGCAUAUGGCUCCUCUACGUUGUGCAAGUAUGCCUCAAUAUAGGCGAGCAAACUCCCAUUCAACUAGCCGCAUGGUUUACUCCUAUCCUCAUCACCGGAGUAGCUUCAGCUUUAACUGUCGGCAAAAUAAUCAACAGGGUUCCUGCUGUAUAUAUUAUGGCAGUUAGACAGGUCGCAUUCCUGACUUAUUUCUUCUUUACUACCAUCAUUGCCACCAUCAGAAUGGACACAUCAUUACCCGCCGCCAUCAUGAUCUUCUCAAGCACAGUGGCCCGGGAAUACCAAGGCAUGGGAACCAGUAUAGUCAUGACUCUCGUCAACUACAGCAUAUCACUCAGGCUCGGCUUUGCUAGUACCAUCGAAACGAACAUUAAUAAUGACAGACAAACCAAAGCAGACUUACUUCAUGGUUAUCAAGGUGCUUUAUGGUUCUCUGUCGGCCUGACCGGACUCAGAACUGUUCUCAGUCUCAUUUACUUAUUCAAAACCCAGUUCAGACCGAAGUCAGAUGGUGACCAUUAG